AUACGUGAUUUUCGUCUAUAAUCUGCAAUUUGCAGGAGUAUAUAAUUAUCGUUAAUUCAUUUUGGAUUUAAUUGUAAUAUAAUCCAAGUAAUAUUAAUUUAAAACUCGUACAGUUGAAACAUGCAGUCCAUCAAAUUGUAUUACAGUCAAUAGCAGCUCUAUCGUAUUUGUUAUCAUCAAAAUAUUAGUCGCAUCUAACUUUGAAAAUGGUUUUACUGUCUUCAUUUACUGUUAAAUCAUUUUAUAGAAAACUUGGUAGACAGUGUACAAAUUUUAAACAUGUACACACAUUCUGUGCUGGAUCUUUACGUUAUGAUGCGAAGACUUUGCCAGCUGAAACUAGGAAGUCGGCAAGAUAUUUCACUACUUCUUUUCGUUUCUACGAUAAAAGCGAAACGAAGAAAGAUAUAAUCCAAGGCGAAAAUAAUAAAAAACCACAAAAACUCAUAGUUCAGAAACCUCAAGGAAGUAUAAGCGUGAAAGCUGAAACAGAUGAAGAUAGUACUGUUACGAAACUUACUAUACAGAAGGUCCAAGCUCAAGGCUCUAAGGAGACUGCUCCUCCACCUGUAAAAAAACGGCUCCUGAUAGACUUCUCAGCUUCAUAUACUGAACGUAACUUUAUAACACCCAUGAGAGCCAUGACGGAAUACUUGUUGAAGCAAUCAGACUUAGAGUCCCUACCGAAGGUAUUGAGGAGAUCUCCAUAUGAGGCAGAACCACCCAUAACUGUGUAUUACAGAAAGGAUGUUGAAGCAAAGGCUAUUGAGGUUUGGGGUUCAAAAGAAGCACUAGAUAAAGAGUUAUUGAGAAGAGAAUUAGAUAGAAGAAGAUAUGAACAAGAUGUAUUUACUGUCAAGAGGCGAUUAAGGAAUUAUAGGAGGGAAAUGAGCCAUAAAAAAGAUGAUGAGGAAUCUGGGUUGAAGACUCGAUCUGGCCGGGUGGUGUUGACCGCAAUAGGAAUAAACGGUUGCAACUUCUUGUUCAAACUGUGUGCAUGGUGCUACACUGGAUCGCACAGCCUGUUCUCCGAGUGCAUCCACUCGCUAGCCGACACGGUCAACCAACUUAUCCUGGCCUAUGGAAUACACAAAUCUGUCCAGAUGGCCGAUCCGGACCACCCGUACGGGUACACGAACAUGCGGUACGUGUCGUCUCUCAUAUCCGGAGUGGGUAUUUUCUGCGUGGGCAGUGGACUGUCCUUUUAUCACGGCGUCACGGGAAUUCUGGACCCCCAGCCGCUCCAUGACUUUUACUGGGCUUACUUCGUGUUAGGCGGGGCAGUAGUUUCUGAAGGUGCAACUUUAAUGGUUGCUCUGAACUCUUUGCGGAAAGGAGCGAAGGAAGCUGACACCCCGCUAUAUGAAUACAUAAUGCGCAGUUCGGACCCGUCGGUGAACGUGGUGCUGCUCGAGGACACGGCGGCCGUGGCGGGCGUCGUGGUGGCCGCGUCGUGCAUGGCCGUCUCGCAGUACACGGGCAACCCGCUACCCGACGCCGUCGGCAGCAUCCUCGUCGGCACCAUCCUGGGCGGCGUGGCGUCCUUUAUUAUACUCAGCAACGUGGGCGCGCUGGUCGGCAGAUCAAUCCCUCAAGAACAGUUGGACGAAAUCAAUAGUGUCUUAGAAAGAGAUUUCAUGAUUCGUGCCAUUCAUGACGUCAAGGGCAUCGAUAUAGGAAGCAAUCUGAUUCGGUACAAGGCUGAGGUGGAUUUCGACGGCAGAGCACUUACAAGAUCUUAUUUAGAGAAACACGACUUAAAUGCGUUAUUAGAGGAUAUGAAGAAGAUACAAACAAUCGAUGAUGUAGAAGCAUUCUUGUUGAAGCACGGAGAAAAUAUAGUGGACAUGUUGGGCGGAGAAAUUGACAGAAUCGAGCUCAAGUUAAGGAAAAAGUUUCCACAAGUGCGGCAUUGCGACUUAGAGAUACUUUAAUCUUGUAUUGUCGUUCUGGAUCGCGAGCCAGGCGCAAAUUUCGUCAGUCAUCGCCUCCCGGGCGAAAACUCGUACAUCGGUUAAUGGCUAUGUAUGAUGAACUCUCGUGAACGUCAGCUGCCGCUCCGUUGGUGGGUUGAGGAAUGGCAGCCACCGAAACGCGUAACACGGUCUUUCCACCGCGAUACAACCGGCUGACUAUUUGUUUUAUUAACAAUAACAUCUAAACUAUCAUCUGACAAAGUAUCAAACGGGAGGCGAUGACGCCGAUGACUGAAAAUAAUUUUCCUUUUUACAUGUUCAUGUGACCAGCUGACGGUCUUUCCACAGCGAUACAAUCGGCUGACGAUUUUGUUUAUUCACAAUAGCAUGUAAACUAUCAUCUGACAAAGUAUCAAGCGGGAGGCGAUAACAAAAAAAAUUAUAGACUAUUUGCUGCCAUUCCUCAACCCACCAACGGAGCGGCAGCUGACGUUCACGAGAGUUCAUCAUACAUAGCCGUUAACCACUAUCCGAGUUUUCGCCCGGGAGGCGAUUGGUCAUGGAAAUCUGUUCCUGGCCCGCGGUCUAUACCUACGGCAGCGAAACUGAAGAUAUAUUGUAUUGAUAUGUAUAAAUAUUUUAGGGGAUUACGUAGUAGUACGAUAAAUGCGCAUUGUAUAUAUAUAUAUAUAUUAUGUGUACAUUCUGCCCCGCUACAAAAUACAACCGUAAGCAGGAUCUCUCAAUGAUGUUUACCACUGAUUUUAAUUUUAAUGAAUAUUAUAAGUAUAACCACUACACGCUUGCGUUUUCUUAUCGAUAUUGAUAAAAUGGAAGGGGUUGAAAUAUGGGCUCAUGUUAACAAUUUUCAGAAUCGAAAUUAAAGAAAGGGCGCUUAUCACGACUAAUUUUGUACAUCCACCCGCCUGCCCGCCAUCGCACGCGCAUAAUUAUAUUGCUGUACCGCUCGCACAGGAUCAUUGACCGCCGGUACCAAAAUUCUUAAUGUCAUUUAAGGGGCUACCUGAGGUUUUCAUCGAUUUUUGACAAAUUUUGCAUCGUUUCUCCUACUUUUGCACUACAGAUAGAAUUAUAAGACAAACAACUAUCGGUUCUUCAAUCUUUUAUCUCCAUUCUUGUCUACCGAAUUUUGAAAGAAAUGUAUUCUUCAUUUUUUAUGAUUUUUUUAACAUUGUCUAAAAACACAUUUUUCGUAUCUCGAUUACUGUGAUUCGUACGUAUUCGACAUCUACAUAUUUAGGUUCGUCUUUGACGUCUCUAAAAAUUCGUCUAAGGUUUUAAUUUUAAACUAACAUAAAAGUUUUGGCCUAAAAUUUAACUCUGAUGCCAAAAAUCUCGUAAACAAUGAACUUUGAAGUAAAUAUGGGAUACGGUAUUGCCUAAAGCCGUUGCUGUUAAUAUGAUAAGCUACAAAAAAACAUUAGAAAACUAAAGGAUCCAGAUCGAACGUCAUUGGGGCAUGGAAUCCCCUUAAGGUAGUUAUGCGUGCUGGGGCAGUAUUGUGAUACGUAUGUAUGAGUCAUCAGCUAACUCGGACGGAAAAACUUUUAUUUAAACAAAUUGUUGUAAAUAUGGAAUGUUCUUAAAAUAAGUUCUUGUUUAAGGGACAAAUAUUGUAUAGAAAGUACGAAUCAUUUUGUACUUUAAAUUUUCCGAGCUGAUUUUUUGGGCUUAUACCCAAGUCUGUGAAACAAAACAUGUGUCUUUUAUGCAGCGUUUAUUACUGCCACAGAUUCCGUCAUAAGUGAACGGGUACAAGCCCAUUUAAAAAGCAAUUUUACCAUCCUAUUUAUAUGGUUCAAACUCAUGUAAAAGCUCAUUCGGAGAUACCAAUACUAUACAAUAGUCAAUACCUUUUGUUAACAGAUUAGGCGUUGAGCACAAAAUAUCACCUCAGAAAAUUACAACUAUAACUUUGCUACUGACGUAGUUUAAUUACAUCACGAUCUUAUUUAACUAUAAGCUUCGAGUAAUGUUUAAUGCACAACAAAAUGUUAAUUUCUCAUCUAAAAUAAAACUAUGAAAACGGAUUAUAUCGCGUAUAUUGAAUUUA